AAACCGCUCGAAGGGGUUGGCGUAGAGGAUUAAAGCCAAACAGAAAUAUGCUCUUUUGACGCUUUACGUUUACCCAAGCACGUCUGCCGUUUUACAAAAGGACCCUUAAAGGCUUUUAGGUCGUGGUGAAGAAGAAAUAGCUGCGCCGCAAACAUGUUUUCCUGGAUAUUUUAGCCAUCGUUUCUUUGGACGUCUGUUUGUUGGUCUACACUGUUUUAAGAAGCUAGCGCUAGCAGCAGCGACUCUGGUGAGCUGGGUUUAGCUGCAAUGGUCCUCACCACCAUAUGCGAAUGUCUCCGGAAUUUAUGUUGAACCGACCGCGACAAAUGGGAGCAUCCAGCAACAGUCGAAAACACUGCGGCAUAGACUAAAUGCUAAACUUUCACAUGAUUAUUUAAAUUCGACUUCAGACGGAGGAUUCUGUGGACGCUACAGCAGCAGGUGUCUUUUUUUUCUAGUUGGAUUUUAGCCCACUGACCUUCUCCCACAGACAUGGAAUCGACGGUCGACGACGAUGCAAUGGCAGCGUGAAUGAAGCUUGGCGUGGGGAGACCUGAACGAUGCCCAAAGGUGGGGGUUCUAAAACCCCCCAGCUGGACCACUUCCCACUCAACCCCGACAUGGUGGAAAAGCAGGGUGGGAAAAAGGAUAAAGUGUUGACAAAUAAGACUCCCAAAUUGGAUCGCAGCGAUGGGGUCAAAGAGAUGAAAGAAAAGGCCCCUAAAAGGAAACUGCCCUUCACUGCUGGAGCAAAUGGAGACCAGAAAGAUUCCGACUCAGAGAAACCAGGUCCAGAGAGGAAGCGCAUUAAAAAGGAGCCCACUAACACCAGGAAGAGCUUGCCGUUCGGAAUGGGGAUGCCUGGGAUCCGGGCCGGGUACCCUGUGUCUGAGCGGCAGCAGGUGGCCUUGCUCAUGCAAAUGACAGCUGCGAAGACCGUCAACAGCCCAGACACAACACCAAAGCAUCAGUCACAGUCCUGUGUGGGUCAGAAGGGAACGCCAAACUCUGCAUCUAAAACCAAAGACAAAGUGAAUAAAAGAAAUGAGAGAGGAGAGACUCGACUGCACCGAGCAGCUAUCCGUGGAGAGGUGCGCCGCAUCAAGGAGCUCAUCAGUGAGGGAGCUGAUGUGAAUGUAAAAGACUUUGCAGGCUGGACUGCAUUGCAUGAAGCCUGCAACAGGGGGUAUUAUGAUGUGGCCAAACAGCUGCUGGCAGCCGGAGCUGAAGUCAACACCAAGGGUCUGGAUGAUGACACUCCCCUGCAUGAUGCCUCCAACAAUGGGCAUUUCAAGGUCGUGAAACUACUUUUACGCUACGGAGCAGAUCCACGUCAAAGCAACAGGAGAGGUGAAACACCACUGAAGGUUGCCAGCUCUCCAACUAUGCUGAAUCUGUUACUAGGGAAGGGCACUUACACCUCGAGUGAAGAGAGUUCAUCAGAAUCUUCAGAGGAGGAAGAUGCGCCUUCGUUUGCCCCUUCAAGCUCUGUAGAUGGCAAUAACACCGACUCAGAGUUUGAGAAGGGCCUGAAGCUAAAAGGUAAAGCCACAGAUCCGCCUAAAUCUGCUGUGACGCCCGUCAAAGACGAAUACGAAUUCGACGAGGACGAUGAGGAGGAGCGCGUCCCUCCCGUAGACGAUAAACAUCUCUUAAAGAAAGAUUUCAGAAAGGACUCCGUUAGCAAGACCAACAGCUUCAUCGCUAUACCCAAGACAGAGGUGAAAACCUAUUCCAAAAGCAACUCGCUCACACCAAAGAAAACAGUCAGGCGGAUCAUCUCUGACAGUAACAGUUCAGAUGAGGAUGAUAGGACGUUGUGUUUCACACCAGCGCCCACACCUCGACAACAAGCCCAGCAAACAAAUACCAAGACCAGAGACUCUGGCUCCAAGCAACAAAAAGACAAAAACAAAGUCAAAAAGAAGCGAAAGAAGGAGAGCAAAAAUAAUGUCAGCAAAGAGGUCAGGUUUGGGAAAGUCAACGAUAAGUUCUGCACAUCUGACUCUGAUUGUGGAGAUUUGGAAAGCGAAGACGACAAGGGCUCAAACAGCAUAAAGGACUCUGCUACAAUUAACCUUAAAGAGUCCCCUGGCUUUAAUGCCUCUUCCUCCUCACAUGGAAACCUAAACUCUCAGAAACAGGCACCCUCGUUAGCGGAGCAGCAUCCAAAGCAGUGGAGGACAGAUGGCUGGAAGACAGUGUCGUCACCUACGUGGUCGGACGUCAGUUCUCUUUCAGAUCCAGUCAGUGAGUCAGAGUACUCUGAUUCGAGUGUGGAGUCAGUAAAGCAAGUUAAGAGGAAAGCGCAGGAGAACAAAAAGAAGAACAACCAUGUGCACAGUAACAUUAUUGAGAAGAAAAACUCUGAUCUCUAUAAAAACUCCACUUCAGAGAGCGCAGCCUCCAAAACUGAUGUGGAUGGAAAAGUGAUUAAAAAACAUAAAGUGAAGCACAAACAUAAAAACAAGGAAAAGGACAAAGCUCCAAGUGUUGUGCUCAAUCAGGAUAUGAAUGAGAAAUUUGUAAAGAGCUACUCUUUUGACUUUGAUGAUUCAAGGCAGAAAUCCUUAAUUGUUGAGUCCGAAUCAGCAUCCGAGAACAAGGUGAAAUUAUCCAAGCACGACAAAGACCAUUCAAAAAAGGAGGACAGGCUUACAAAAAACAAGUCUGAUGAUAAAGAUUGGUCAUCUGGAAAAGACCUACAUAGAACAGCAAAGGAGGAGAAAAGCAGAAAAGCUAAAGAAACCACAAAAGAUAAGGCAAACAAGGAGGAGAGGGAGAAGCCUGCAAAAUCUGACAAGGAAAGAAAUUUCAAAGAAAAGGAGAAACCCAAGGAGGAUAAACAGAAGCCCCACAAAGAGGAGAAAAAGAAAAAGUCCAAGGAGAAGUCGUCCUCCAAGGCGGAAAGGAAAAGUGAGCAGAAAGAGGAGAAACAUCUAAAGGUGGACAAGGAGAAAAACAUCAAAGAGGAGAGAGAGAAAUGUAAAAAAGAUAAAAUACUGAAAGAAGAGUCUGAUCAUGAAGGCUAUGACAUUAAUAACUGCUUCCUCAACCUGGAUGACACAAAGCUUAGUGCAUCAGAUGACCAUCAUGACCGAUGGGGUUCUGAGAUGUCCUCAGAUUCCUCCCUCUAUGGAGAUGACAGUUGGGACGUUCCCAUUAAAGAAGUCAAGGAAUAUAAGUCCAACAACACCGUCAAGCUAAUUGUUGAGACUGUUAAAGAAGAGACGAGAAGAAAAGAAAACAAAGUAAAGGACAAGAAGUCAGAGCACAGUGACAAAAGAUCAGAGAAGGAAGCAACAUCAAAGAAAAAAGAAAAAGACUUGUCAGAAAAGACAAACGAGAAGAAAAAAGAGUGGUCAGAAAAACAAAAACUUAACUCCAGCCACUCGCUUGAAAAAGACAAAAAGAGGAAGGAGUCCACAGAAACAGUUAAAGACAAAAAAGACAAGGAUUCUUUAGACAGCAGUCGCGACCGUAAAGACUCAUAUGACAGUGUAAAAGAAAGAAAAGAUCAGAAAAUCAAGCAGGAAUCAAUAGGAGAUGAAUACGGCAACGAUACAUUUUUUAAAGACAUGGAUGCUGUCAGGGACAGAAACCACUCUGGAAAGGAGAAAGAAAAGAAAGGAGAGGCAACAGAGAAGCGGGAAAAGGCAAAAACCGACAAGCACAAAGACAAAACAAAGGACAGAGGAGUUGACCAUGAGAAGGAGAAGACUGAACGGAGCUCCGCUGAGAAAACUGUCAAGGAAAAAGACGAAGACCGGGGCACCAAAGACAAGAAGGAGGGAUCCAAAGACAGACACAAAGACUCUCAUGGCAAAGACAAAGAUCGAAAGAUGUCUUCAGAACAGACAAAAGACAAGAAAGAGAAGUCCUCUCAAGACAAACAUGCUGACAGGGAGAAGGAUUUGAUGGAAGUCAAAAAAGAAGAGAGAAAACCCGAGAAAAUCAGAGAAAAAACUUGGUACAAGAUUGCUGACAUCUUUACGGAUGAAAGUGACGAUGAUGAGGACAGUUACAAAAGCACUGUUAUUGUUGGGUCGGGCUCCAUCAGAAAAGACUCGACACCCGAUCAGGAUGAGCUGGAUCACUUCCACUCAGAAAAAAUGAGAAAAUCUUCUGCAGACACUAAACACAACACAGAAAAGGCAAAAGACAAAGACCACAAAGAAAAGAAGAAAGAUAAGGCCUCAUUUGACUCUGGGAAAGAGAGGAAAGGCUCCCUAGAAAAACACAACAAAGACAAAAAGGAUUCAGUAGACGGAAAAUAUAAGGAAAGGAAAGAUAGAAUAUCAGUGGACUCAAACCAAGACAAGAAAAACAAGCAAAAGCUGUUGGACAAAAGGGACGCGAGUGAGGAAAAGACAAAGAGCAAAUAUAAAGACAAGCAGGACCAUUUGAAGGAAAGAAAGCCCUCUAAGGGUAGUGGUGAAAAUGAAAAGUCCCUGUUAGAAAAACUAGAGGAGGAGGCUAUGAAUGACUACAAGGAUGACUCCAACGACAAGAACAGUGACAUCUCCUCAGAUAGUUUUACUGAUCGAGGCCACGAGCCAGUCCUCAGCAGUUACUACGACUCUUUGAACCUGACUGAUAUCUCUGAGGACAGGAGAGAUUCUUUGUCCAUAGCCACACCACAGGAUCGGUUCAGAGACAAAGAGAGACACCGACAUUCCUCCUCUUCAUCAUCCAAGAAGAGCCAUGACAAGGAGAAAGAAAAAGUCAAGAAGGACAAAGGAGAUAAACGUGACAAAACUGGGGAGAACCGAGAGUCCUACAGCCGCAGAGAGAGUCUACCUUUUGAGAAGGAACCCAUGCCUCUGGAGGCUGAUCCUUACACAUUCCCGUUCGGAGGCAAGGGAGACGGCGAUGACGACUUUGAUAAAACUUUGGAAUUCGAAAAAGAGAUGUCUAAAAAGGACAAAGAGAAAUCCACUGGUAUCAUUGGAGACAGGAUGAAGGACAAGAAGAAAAAGGAGAAACAUAAAGAUAAAGUUAAGGAGGAGAAGAAUAAAUACAUGGAUGGCUUUGGGUCAUUUAAGCACAGAGAGGAUGUGAAGUCUGGGUUGAAAGAAAGCCCCCAGGUCACUGUCCUGAAAGACAGGUCGAAAGAGCAAAGUCCUAAAUUUGAUCUGAAAAAAGACAGAACGCGGGACAUGUUGGACAAGGAUAACAGAAUGGAUCACAGUAAAUCUAAAGCUAAGGAUGAAAAUGAAAAGCUCCCGCAGUCCAAAGACCAGGUGCGGAAAGACAUUCGCCCACGUGAAAAACUGCUGGUGGACGAUGAUCAUCAGAUGACGAGUUUUGGUCAAAUGUUGAGUCUUAAAGAUCAGGAGGUUAGAGCCUGCAUCAAGAAGCAAAAGGAAAAAAUGAAACAGAUGGAGAGGCUGAGACCCAAGACAGGGGAUCCUAAGCUCAAAGACAAAGCCAAGUCCACCGAGGAAGUAAAGAAAAAUCGCAGUGAGCUAUCUACAAAGAAAUUGAAUAGCCUGGAGUCGGGUCUGAAAGAGAAAAAGCUCAAGGAUGUGGGCCUUCCUGCUCAGAUUAUGUCUCCAGGGAGGAAGUUCCAGCCUACCGACAGUCAGAGCUCAAAGGACUGGAUGACCGGGCACCAAAUGAAGGAGAACCUCCCUGCUUCUCCAAGGCCAGAUCAAAACAGGCCAACCGGUGUUCCCACGCCAACAUCUGUCAUCUCUUGUCCCAGCUUUGAGGAAGUGAUGCAGACUCCACGUACCCCCUCUUGCAGUCCAGAGGAUUAUCCUGACAUUAUGCUUGAUGGGCUGGACUGCCAGAACUCAUCAGCCAUGACAAUGUCAAUGAAUGCCUGUUCCCCAACAUUCUUUGAAAGCAGGUACUCUAACUCCCAGAGUUUCCAGGAGGGAACUUGUCCUACUCCUGCAAAGAACCUCCAGCUACCACUUGUCAGCCGCUCUGCAUCAUCCGAUCUCCGCAGGCCUCUAGAAAACGAGUUCAAAUCCGAGUCCGACAAGUUUCUUCGGCAGCAGAGUGAUCCUGCUGCUGAAUACGAUCAAACCUCUGCUUCUCAACCUCUUGAGGACAAACCAGUAACUGUGAAUAGAUUGGAAUGCUUGACGUCAUCCUAUUUCUCUCCUAUGAGGAUGUUGUCCCCUCGCCGGGAGUCGGGCCAUCCGACACCAGACAGGGUUUCAGCAACUCUUACUCUCUCAGAGGACCAUGAACACCUUCCUGAGAGUGUCUACAACAGUUUCCUGCCCAAACCUUCCACACCUGUCCACAGACCAGAUCCCCAGGAGCCAUGCUUUGACAUUGCUGCACCACCAACACCUGCUCCUGCUGCUUUACCUCCCUUGGAUAUUGAUGAUAACUCGGAGCCUCACCACAGUGAACCUAAUCUGAUCCACUCAGACCUGCCCUGUGUCACGGAAGAACAUCGGGCACAAGACGUGGAAGAGGAAGAAGAGGAGGAAGAAUAGGAAGAAGCUGAUAUGGUUGACAGGAAUGAUGGAGUCCACUCUGUGAUGGAAGAGCAAGAACCAACAAGGGAUCCAUGUACUUUCUCCCCUCGAGGUGAUGACCAUCUGACGGAGAGCUGGCAUGCAGAGUCACCAGACCGACAGGAACCUGAGGUCCAGCAGCUGUCCCCAGUGCACUCUGUGCUGAACAAUGGAGAAAGCUGCUUCGAUCACAGCAUGGGUUGGAACUCUGAGAUGGACCUCAAAUCUGCCCAUGGGGAGAUCGAAGCUGCCGUCUCGAAAAUAACUAGCCCCUACUCCCACUCUGACAACGACUUGCAGCCCCUUUCUGGACACACCUCUGUCACCUAUGAGACCUGGAAUAGGUGGCAUAAAGAGGACGUAGUGGAUUUGGAUGAGCAGAAGGAGGCUGUUGCUGAGAUCCCCUCUCCAGAGCGGCCCGACACAGCUAUGGAUGUAGAACCCAACUAUUUAAACACCUCAUCGUCCUCAAACAGGCUAGAGUCUUUCUUCCAGGACUGCAACAAGCCGAUUAUAGAAAAUGGGCACCAAUUAGAUACAGAGACCGUAUGUGUAGACCCAGACAGCAGACAAAGCACACACAGUUUCAGUGCUACCCCUGAAGAUCACAUCACCCCACCUGUGGGAACAGAGCCUGUGGUGCGAUGGGCCGAUCCAUUUUCGGCUGAUGCAGACGAACUGGAUGAUCUGGGCCCGUUUUCUUUACCUGACCUGCCGUUACCGGACAAAUCAGAGGAAACAGAGCCUCGAGACCAUGAACUGGCUGACCACAGCAAGACAGUGUCAGCUCACAUCAGACACAAUAUUCCAGACAGAGAAGAACCAGACAUAAUGGAGGUAGGCCUACCAAGUCUGUUAAAGACUCCGUGCCCUUCUGAAGACCUUGUUUUAGGGGAAUCUGCUGGACAAGACUUUGUGGUGCCAUCUCUACACACCACCUUCCAACAAGAGAUGGACCAAGAGCCUCAAAGUGUGCCUACCAACAGCUCUUUGUCUCUUAACCACACACAUGCCAGUGUUUUAGAAAGCCAGUAUGGCGUUCAUGAGGAGUCAGAUUCCAUAAGGUUGUAUUCACCCCCAAAUUCAGAUCCCAGUCAAAACCAUCAUGUACCAAUCCACUCCCUCACUGAGUCGUUGCAGUUACCGCUGGAGUCAGAGUCCUCCGCAAAGCCAGAGGAGAGGCAUGAGGAUAUGUGUGACACUGUAGCAGAAUCUCUGUCAUGCAGUCCUCAUGCUCAUCUCUCAGUGGCAGUUACGCUUUCCAGCACAGUGGAGCCUUCAGACACUCAGGAACCCCCAUCCAAGCUAACACCAGUUCCCCCCACACCUGUACCCAUCCCUGUAGAUAUCACCAAGAAGGUGGAGGAAAUCCCUCAAAGAGUUACCCGCUAUCGCGCCAAGAACAACGCCACCGCUGCCCCUCCUACCUCCAGCACACCAACCUCAUCAGCCACUGCCACCACUGUGACCACCAGUCUAGAGGUGAGCAUCAACCCAGUCCCAACUAGAACGCCAACACCCAAUUCAGUGUCUUCCUCACCGGCUCAGAAGAAAGAUUCUGGGCUCAGCGUUUCCACUGCUGCAUCUCAUUCAACCGCUACAUUGACCGUCGCAAAUUCUCCAUCAGUGGGUCUCGGUAAAACGACAAAAGGCCGUCCAGUUGCCAUGGAUGAAGAGGACUCCCAGACCCAGCACCCGCGGAAAAGAAAAUUCCCUCGCUCGGCCGGGCAGCAAGUCCAGGUCCAGCUUGUAAACACAGCCAUGCAGCAGACAAGAGAGAUGAUCCAGCAGACCUUAGCUGUCGUAGUUAAUGCUAUCAAGCUGGACGAGAUCGAGCCCUACCACAGUGACCGGUCCAACCCUUACUUCGAGUACCUGCAGAUCAGGAAGAAGAUUGAGGAGAAGAGGAAGAUUCUGUGCUACAUCACCCCUCAGGCCCCGCAGUGUUACGCUGAGUAUGUGACCUACACUGGCUCCUACCUGCUGGACGGGAAACCCCUCAGCAAGCUUCACAUCCCGGUGAUUGCCCCACCUCCAUCGCUGUCAGAACCCUUGAAGGAGCUCUUCAGGCAGCAGGAGGCAGUAAGAGGAAAGCUCAGGUUGCAGCACAGCAUAGAGCGGGAGAAACUGAUAGUUUCAUGUGAACAGGAGGUUUUAAGGGUCCACUGCAGAGCAGCAAGGACAAUAGCCAAUCAAGCUGUGCCAUUCAGUGCCUGUACAAUGCUGUUGGACUCUGAAGUGUACAAUAUGCCAUCUGAAAAUCAGGGUGACGAGAACAAAUCUGUGAGAGAUCGCUUCAACGCACGUCAGUUUAUUUCCUGGAUUCAGGAUGUGGACGAUAAAUACGACCGCAUGAAGACAUGUUUGUUGAUGCGACAACAGCACGAGGCAGCAGCCCUCAACGCGGUGCAAAGGAUGGAGUGGCAGUUAAAGGUUCAGGAACUGGAUCCUGCCGGGCACAAAUCCCUCUGUGUCAACGAGGUGCCGUCCUUCUACGUGCCAAUGGUCGACGUCAACGACGACUUUGUCCUGCUGCCCGCAUGA